AUGCCAUCGGCGUUUAAACCUUCAGCUCUGGGCUAUGGCUCUCCUCCAACUCGAAGUUCUCCUUUCCGACGAGCAGAGUCACCAGCAUCACCAUCUCCUCUCCGUCAAACCACGCCAACUACGUCACCAACGAAAGGCGCGGCCGGGCCGCUGAACGGGACCUCACGAUUUGCGAUACCUACGACACCCACAAGCAGUAAUCGCGAGAAUAACUGGACACCUAGAGGGCCUACCACACCGGUCCGAGAAAUGGGAUCACCCUUCCAGCGUGCCCCGGUGGCGCACACGCCUCCAAGUCAGCCUCUUGGACACGGAAAUUCGUUAUCCCAGCUUCAGCCAGCACAGGUGACGAUGUUGAGAGAUAGCUUUCAGAUCCUCGAUCGCGAUUGUGACGGCAUUGUGAACCGCGAAGACGUGGCAGAUAUGCUGCAUCAAUUAGGACUACCCUCGAACCCCUCAGACGUAUCACACUUUUUCCCGCCGUCGCAGCCACAGACCAUCGCGUUGGCGGCGUUCCUGAACUCGUUAGCGGACAAAUUGGCAGCACUGUCCGCAAGCAGCGAGCUAAUGUCUGCCUUCUCUGCGUUUGAUGAGGACGACAGUGGACAGGUUGAUCUGGCUGAUUUGAGAGACGCUCUGCUAAACACAGCUCCCGAGCCGGGAGAGCGCCCUCUGACGGCAGCAGAGGUCGACAAGGUGAUAAACGGCUUCACGGGGAGACGAGCGUUCAACAAGAACAUGAACGCCCAGCUUGGCGCGAAGCGGGGUGAUGUAUUCAGAUAUCAAGAAUUCGUCAAUUCGAUCAUGGGAUCGAAUGGAGGCUCGGGCGGAUCUUCGCAAGAGAACUCGGAAGGCUAG